CUAUUCGCAAAUAUAUUCGCCUGGCUAUUUUUGUAAAGCGAACUAAAUCUCUCACCAUGGUUUUGUACUUUCAAAGCAACGUUGUCUCACCGCCGUACACCAUUUACAUGGGCGCAGAUAAACACGAAAACGAGGAGUUGAUAAAAUGGGGAUUUCCAGAGGAUGUUUGGUUUCAUGUUGAUAAGUUAUCAUCAGCCCAUGUAUAUCUUAGAUUACAAAAGGGUGAAACUCUAGAUGACAUUCCUAUGACAGUUUUAACCGACUGUGCACAGCUUGUAAAAGCCAACAGUAUUCAAGGAAACAAGAUGAACAAUAUUGCUGUUGUGUAUACACUCUGGGGUAACUUGAAAAAGACAGCCGACAUGGAAGUUGGACAAGUGGGUUUUCACAGUAAUAAAGAGGUGCGGAUCAUCAAAGUUGAAAAAAGAGUAAAUGAAAUAGUGAACAGAUUGAAUAAGACAAAAGAAGAAAAGUUUCCAAACCUACGAGAGGAAAGGGAGGAGAGAGAUAGACUGGAAAGAGAAGAUGGCAAACAGAAAUUAAGAGAACAAAGACAGAGGGAAAAAGAAGAAGAGAAAAGAAGAAAAGAAGAAGCUGCAAUGAGGAGCUAUGACUCUUUAAUGGACUCAAGAAAGAUGAAAUCCAAUAAGGAUGCUGAAUCAGAUGAAGACGAUUUUAUGUGAAGAAACUGGAAUACUUAUUUUGUCAGUAUUUGACAAGAAUAUAAAAUUCUCCAACAAGAUGAAUGAGCUGCACCUGCUUCUUUAUUAAAUUUAUACCCUGAAAGGAGAGUUUUUAAAGAGCCCUGAGGAAUGUUAAGAACAGUGGUACUCUAUAAUUAAUUUGCAAAGAACACAAGGCCAAGUGGCAGAACAGAUCACCAAAAGAGUAAACUGAACUCUACAGAAGACCAUAAACAUUCCAUCAUGGUUUAAGAGAUCUUCACUAGAAUUUGUGUCAGUUCGUGGUAAAAUGGAAAUAAAAGAAAUGAUAUAAAUAAUUGUUUGGUUAAGAGGAGAAACCCAGGACUACAGCAAAUCAUCUGGUCACACCUGCUACAAAUGCUGAAGAUGAUGGAGUGGAUUGGAGAGGGGGGGGGGGGGGGGGGGGAAGUGCAAAGAAAUUUAGCAUGUGGGUAGCUAACUGCUCAAUGCUGAGUAAUUCAUCCGGUAGAAAUUCAAAAUUUGUUGUUGUUUUUUUUACUUUUUUUUAUUAUUAUCAUCUGAUCUCUCUAUUUUAUAUCUUUUGUCUUUUUUGGUAAUUUGUUUAUUGUCUUUGUAUGUUUGAGCAGGUUUUUUUAAGGUAGUGUUAUUCUAGACCGACUAUUGACCAUCAGUAAAUACCAAAUGCUGAUUAAUUGAGCUUGGAGGUGAUAAGCCAAGUUCCAUUUACUUCCAAGCAGCAGAAAAGAAGCAAACGGUAAGGUAGUCCUUAAAAAUAUUCUCUGGAAGAUCAUGUUGCAGAAUUAGCUAUUACUUUUGCAUUCAAACAUCUGGAAAUUAGAAAAAAAAAUUUGAUUGUG